AUGCAGACCACAGCCUGUAAUGGAUCAGAGGAUUCCUCAACCAUCUUCUACCUAACAGGCAUCCCCUCUUUGCCGAAAUCUCUCUUCCUUUCUAUCUUCUUUGUCUUUCUCCUCCUCUAUCUGCUCAUUGUUGCAGGUAACACCCUGAUCCUGGUGGCUGUGGUGGCAGAGCCCAGCCUCCACAAGCCCAUGUACUUUUUCCUGAUCAAUCUCUCUGCCUUGGACAUCCUUUUCACCACAACCACCGUCCCCAAGAUGCUGUCCCUGUUUCUGCUCGGGGACCACUUCCUCAGCUUCCCUGCCUGCUUCCUGCAGAUGUACCUCUUCCACAGCUUCUCCUGCUCUGAAGCCUUCAUCCUGGUGGUCAUGGCCUAUGACCGCUAUGUGGCUAUCUGCCGCCCACUGCACUACCCUGUCCUCAUGACCCCACAGACCAAUGCGGCACUAGCAGCCAGUGCCUGGCUCACGGCCCUCCUGCUGCCCAUCCCAGCAGUGGUGCAGACAUCCCACAUGGCUUUUAGUUCUGUGGCCCAGGUCUACCACUGCUUCUGUGACCACUUGGCUGUGGUCCAGGCUUCCUGCUCUGACACCAUGGGCCAGACCCUCAUGGGCUUCUGCAUCGCCAUGGGGGUGUCCUUCCUGCCCCUUCUGCUGGUGUUUCUCUCCUAUGCCCAUAUUCUGGCCUCCAUUCUUUGCAUCAGCUCCCGAGGAGGACGUUCAAAAGCCUUCUCCACCUGCAGCUCCCACCUCCUGGUGGUUGGCACAUACUACUCCUCUAUUGCCAUAGCCUAUGUGGCCUAUAGAGCUAACCUGCCCCUGGACUUCCACAUUAUGGGCAAUGUGGUGUUUGCUAUUCUCACACCUGUCCUCAACCCUCUCAUCUACACACUGAGGAAUAAGGAUGUCAAAGCAGCCAUCACCAAAAUGGCAUGUCCCAAGGGCCUAAAGAAUGCUGGGAAACCCUGA